CAUAAUUUUAUAAGUACAAUGUGUUUUGUGUGAAAAACCUUAAAAGUAAAACUCAUAGACUUAAAAUUCUUGAUGCACAUAUAUAUGCACAUAUAUAACCAACCCUCUUGAAUUUGUUUUCCCUCUAUAGUCUUGUUGUCUCCAAACGAAUGACAAUGGCUUUAAUCUCUUCGAUUCUACAAAAUGCCAAGUCGCGCGUAUCUCUUUCUUCCUCUAACGUGUCUAGAGUUGGAGUGAUCAGAUCCAUGUCUGUUUCAACUGUAAAUGCUAAAGCUGAUGAUAGAAAAGAAGAUAUUGUAAUAGUUGGUGCUGGAAUUGCUGGCCUUGCUUCUGCUGUUUCACUUCAGAGGCUUGGUAUUAGAAGCGUGGUGCUUGAGCAAGCUGAGUCAUUGAGAACUGAAGGAAGCUCAAUAACACUUUCUAAAAAUGGAUGGAAAGCACUUGAUGCUAUUGGAGUUGGUGAUGAAAUUAGGAGUCAGUUUCUUGAAAUUCAAGGGAUAGUAAUAAAAUCAGAUGAUGGAAAGGAGUUGAACGCCUUCGGGUUCAAAGAUGAGGACAAAAGCCAAGAACUGCGGGUCGUAGAGAGGAGAGUCUUACUUGAAAAACUAGCCAGUAAGCUACCACCAGAUGCUAUUUCUUUUUCCUCAAAGUUGGCAAAGAUUGAAACAAGUGAAAAUGGUAGUACUACCUUAUUGCAACUUGAAGAUGGAACUCGAUUGUCUGCUGAGGUGGUGAUCGCUUGUGAUGGCGUCUGGUCACCAACAGCUAGGUGGAUGGGAUUUCGAGAGCCUAAGUAUGCAGGGCAUAUUGCAUUCCGAGGCCUAGGAUAUUUCCCUGAAGGACAGCCAUAUGAACCAAAAGUAAACUACAUCUAUGGAAGAGGAUUACGUGCUGGAUAUGUUCCUGCUUCUAAAACCAAGGUCUAUUGGUUUGUCAUAUGCAACAGCUCAUCUCCAGGUCCAAGGAUCACAGAUCCAUCUAUUUUGAGACAGCAAGCUAAAGAGCUCGUUAGAGAUUGGCCAGUCGCGGACAUGUUAACCCUGAUUAAUUGUACUGCAGACGACACAUUAACAAGAAAUCCCCUUUAUGACCGAUGGCUUUGGCCCUUAGUAAGUCCUCCGCCUUCUAUUGGAAGAACUGUGCUCGUUGGAGAUGCAUGGCAUCCAAUGACACCAAACAUGGGUCAAGGUGCUUGUUGUGCAUUGGAGGAUUCUAUAGUUUUGACAGAAAAGCUAGCAGAAGCAAUGAAGUCUAAACAUAUUUCUGUGGAGGAUGCAUUCAAGGCAUAUGGAAGUGAAAGAUGGCGCCGUGUCUUCCCAUUAACAGUAAUGGCAAAUCGCGUUGGAGCAUUGCUGCAGUCUGAGAAUAAACUGAUAUGUUCUGUUAGAAAUAAUUUCAUUGUGCCUAAGCUGCUUAAGCCCAGAACAUUGACGAGACAUGCCAACUAUGAAUUCGAGCAAACUAAAAGAAACAAACAUUAGUUUUAUAGGAAGAAAUACUUAGCAAUAGCUUACCAAUAAAAGUUUCCCCAAAGUAUAGUAGGCAGAGUGUAUUGAAGUAGAAUCCUGUUUUGUAAUUCAUUCUUCAUAUCAAGAAACUUGCUAAUAGCUGUACUUAUGCUUCUGUAUCAGAAAUCAGAAUAUACUUCAGCAUUACAAAAGGGGGAAACCAUUCACUA